AUGAGCACUACGAAUCCGUCCCCCUCUACUCCGGCAGGUGGUCACAUCGGAGACGUCACAGACCUUAGCCUCAACCACCCUCUACCCUCCGCCAACGACCCUUUCAUCCUCACACCCACACCCGGAACAGUCGUUAGUACCAAUGCGACUACAGAUCCGGCAACCGCCGCAAGAAUGGAAAGCAUGGCUCGCGACCUAGCCGAGUGCCAGCAGCGCGAGGUACUGGAACGUGAGAAAGCAGCAGCUCUCCAGAGCGAACUUGACAGGAUACGGACACAGCUUGAACGGGCUGAGCGCAGUCAUUUACAUGAGGAGUCAAAUCGCGAGGGCAGCGCGCAAACAAGAGGACGAGAACAAGUUCGCUUAAGUAUCAGCUUGACCCCCUCCGAACUCGCCAAGAAACGGCCACCAUCACCACGGCGUAUCCAUAACCGUGAGGAAGGAAGCACAAGCGUCACCUCUCGCUCCAGACCCCCCACAGCUGCUCACAACAGCGAGUCUGCCACGCUAGCCCUGAUCUUGCAGCGGCUAACAGCGAUAGAACAACGGGAUGCCAAUCCACGGUGCCAACCAGUGUUCGCCGCCAGGCCAGGCCCAUUCACUACGAGGAUAAUGAACACCGUGCGUCCUUCUCAAUCCAAGAGCCCAAAAAUCACGCCGUACACAGGUGAAGGCGAUCCAUUCCGGCACAUUGAUAACUUCAAAAAAGUCACUGCCAGUAGAGAAUUCGACGACGCCACCUUAUGCCACCUAUUCAGCGAAACCUUAGAUGGGGACGCCAUGAAUUGGUUCUUUGAACAACCAGCGAACUCCAUGGAUUCCUUCGCGCAGUUAACCACAGCAUUUCUGAAUCGGUUUAUACUCAUGGCCGGGGCCGCCCACACAACUGAUGGCCUAUUUCAAGUAAAACAAGAGAGCAGGGAAACAUUGGGCACCUUCGUCAUGCGAUGGCAGACGGCAGCAUCCAGAUGCCGGAACCUGAACAAAACGCUCGCCCUGGCUGCUUUUAAGGAAGGACUACGGUCAGAGAACUUCUUGUUCCACAUUAAUGUGGACCCUCGAAUGCGCGGCGCCACAUACGAUGACAUCAUGACUGAAGCAGUACGAUACGCUCAGGCAGAAUACGUCACAUACGGAGAGAAGCGAACCCCAGUACCAUCAGACAAAACUACUACGCCGCAGACAUCUGUACACACAGUCCCCCUCCAGCGCGAGCUCUUCCCAAACACAGCAGACCAUAGCAAAGGCAGGAAGAGAGAGUGGCAUCAAGCCAAUCACCGUGAUGCGCGUAACAACGAUCGGCACAGGGGCCGGGACAGGAACAGAAGACUUGACCAGGAACGUCGCGACAACAGAGACCCCCGCCAAGUUAACGCGAUGGGACGCCGUAGUGACCACACACUGCCUAGGGAAGAGACCCUGGAGGACUUUUUUCACGCACAUCAGGACACGUUGAGGAAACCAGCAAGACCGCUACGCCCCCAAACCGAAGCGGAAACUGGUAAAUGGUGCAGAUUCCACGAAAAUGGAAGUCAUAACACGAACGAUUGCCGCACCCUCCGCAUAUUAAGAACCAAUGGCGACACGGGAAUUCGCCCGGCGCAACAGAGGGUACAACAGAAUGUGGUUGCCGCAGUCGAGACCCUACGCCGCAUCAACGUUAUAGAGGGAGGAGCCCCGAAGACCAACUUGUCCAACCGAGCAAAAAAGCGCCUCGACCGCAAUAAUCACCCAAGACAGGUGUAUGCCAUCACAGGAGGAAACGUUAAACGACAGAAAGAAGGAUGGAAACCGAUCACCUUCACUGAGGACGAGGAAAUUGGCAUCUCCUUACCCAAUGACGACGCUUUCCUCAUAGACGCAAUCCUGGGCGGACAAUGGGAUGUAGGGAAGAUGAUGAUCGACACGGGAUCUGCAGUCAACGUCCUAUUUAAGGGCUGCUACGAAAAAAUGGAGCGUAGCGGCAAGAAAUUGGUACAAGACCACGAACCGCUAGUCAGCUUCUCUGGUGACAUAACCCAACCCCUAGGUUCGGAUUAUAUGACGGUGUGUAUUGGGACUGCACCAUGCACAGUUUGCGUCGAAGCUGAAUUCAUCAUAGUCGAUGCCUACAGCUCAUACAACGGGAUCAUCGGCCGACCUACACUUAACCGGAUGAGAACCUUUAUCGCAGGACACAUGAUGAUCAUAAAAUUCCCAACUCCGCACGGAACAGGACAGGUCCGGGGUUCACAGUCCGUGGCAAAAGAUUGCCAGACACGUGCAAUUCGACAAACGCGCAACCGACACGAAAUCCUGGCAGUACACGCCACAGUAAACUUAACUGACAAAGUUGUCGACGCACGAGAUGACGAAACGUCGAAGGGAAAGAGCAAGCAGAAGGCUACGCCAUACGAGACAAAAAUCCCGGCAAACCCCGAAUCCUCAUUGAAAAGCAUUACGCCAUUCGCAAGUCAUCCGGAGCGCAGGAUCAAAAUCGGGGCAACUCUCAAUCCCACUGUUGAGAGAGAUUUAACAAGUUUCUUGGGCGACAACAUGGAAGUCUUCGCAUGGUCUUAUGAAGACAUGCCUGGCAUCUCGCCCAACAUCAUCAUGCAUGAAUUGCACAUCAAACCUUCCGCACACCCAAUUAAGCAAAAGCGCCGAAGCUUCGACGACGAAAAAAGCACGGCAAUACGCCAGGAAGUUGACAAAUUAAGAGGCAUGAAGUUCGUCCGGGAAGUACAGUACCCUGAGUGGAUCUCAAACUGUGUUAUGGUACGCAAAGCCAACGGUAAAUGGCGUAUGUGUGUGGAUUACAAGAACGUAAACAAAGCAUGCCCAAAAGACAGUUUCCCCCUACCCAGAAUUGACCAGCUCAUCGAUGCCACGGCAGGUCACGAGUUGCUCAGUAUGAUGGACGCCUACUCCGGGUACAAUCAGAUACGCAUGAACCCGGCGGAUCAAGAAGCUACGACCUUCGUCACUGAUAGGGGCCUGUACUGCUACAACGUAAUGCCCUUCGGAUUAAAAAAUGCGGGUGCUACGUAUGUGCGGUGCGUCACACAAAUGUUUGACCAACACAUCGGUCGGGAAAUCGAGGUGUACGCCGAUGACAUGCUGGCCAAAAGCAUAAAAGCAGAAGACCAUGUAACCAACCUCCGAACCAUCUUCAAUGUGCUCAAAAAGUACAAGAUGAGAUUAAACCCGGAGAAAUGUUUUUUCGGCGUAACAACAAGCAAGUUCCUGGGCUACAUCGUCAGUCAACGCGGCAUAGAGGCGAAUCCCGAAAAGAUACAGGCCAUCCUAGAUAUGGCGCAGCCAACACUCAAGAAGGAUGUAGAAGCCCUCCAAGGCAGGCUCGUGGCAUUAUCUAGAUUCAUAUCAAGACUGACUGACAAGUGUGAGCCGUUCUUCAGAUUGUUGAGACGUUCUAAGAGUAAACUGAUCGAAUGGACACCAGACUGCCAAGUGGCCUUUCAGGGAUUAAAAGAUUACCUCGCCGCAGUACCAUUACUGUCAACCCCGCAGCCGGGUGAACCCCUGUACCUUUACCUCGCAGUAUCCACAACUGCGGUCAGCAGUGCCUUAGUUCGCCGUGAUGGAACUAAAGAGCUACCAGUUUUUUACGCAGGACGAGCUAUGAACGGCCCAGAGACAAGAUACCCAACAUUGGAGCAAUUAGCCCUCGCGCUCAUCGUAGCAGCCAGACGACUGCGCCACUAUUUCCAAGCCCACAGCAUCCACGUACUCACAAAUCAACCUCUCAAACAAGUACUACAGAAUCCAGAACACUCCGGGCGACUCAGCAAAUGGGCUAUCGAGCUGACAGAAUUCGACAUCGAAUACAGGCCACGACCCGCCAUAAAAGGACAGGCUGUAGCCGAUUUCAUAGCAGAAAUGAUUCCCCGAGAUACGGCGGAAGUGGAACCAGAUAAUGUCAUCAACCCCGUCAGUAUUUCACCAUGGAAUUUGCACGUAGAUGGCUCUAGCUGCGCAAAAUCUAGCGGAGCGGGGAUCAUCUUGAGCGGACCGGGGGGACUCGAACUCGAGUAUGCUUUAAAAUUCAACUUUGCUGCCUCCAACAAUGUAGCGGAGUACGAAGCACUGAUUGCAGGACUACAAUUAGCCCUAAGCACGGGCGCCACUAGCAUUAAUGUGUUCAGUGAUUCUCAGCUCGUAGUCAAUCAAAUCACCGGGUCCUUCACUGCUAAGGAUGAGCAACUAGCAGCCUACCUGGCGUAUGCCACAACAUUAUUAAAGCGGUUCGAAUUCUACCACAUCAAUCAAAUACCGAGGGCCAACAACGCAAGAGCGGACUCCUUAGCACGACUCGCCACGGCGCAACCCCACCAAUGCCACAAGGAUACCAGGGUCGAAAUUCUCCACCAUCCCUCCAUUCACCAGACCUUGCAACAGAUAUGCCAGAUAGAGCGCGACCAAGCCUCAUGGAUGGAUGAGAUAGUAGCAUUCAAGUGCAACGGCAAACUACCAGAGGACGAGACCAUGGCAAAACAACUAAGGAGACGGGCGGUAAGAUAUUACCUGCGGAACAACACACUCUAUCGCCAAGGUCUGCUGAAUGCUGACCUCAAGUGCGUCACAACCAAAGAAGGCAAGCAGAUCUUGAACGAAAUCCACAGCGGUGAUUGUGGCAACCAUUACGGCAGCCGCGCAUUGGCCGCAAAAACACUCCGCACAGGAUAUUAUUGGUCCACAUUAGCCUCCGAUGCACAGGAGCUCGCCAGGUCUUGCCACAAAUGUCAAAUCCAUGGACCCAUACCACGCCUACCCUCCGAACCACUAUCCUACAUAGUCAGCCCGUGGAUCAACUGCCUUUGGGGAAUGGAUCUGAUUGGCCCAUUACCCGUCGGGAAAUGUCAAUUCAAAUGGGUCAUUGUAUGUAUCGAUUAUCAUUCCAAAUGGAUUGAAGCUGCGCCCCUGACGGCCAUAACAACCGAGAAGGUUCAAAACUUCCUGCAACGCAACAUCUUCUACCGCCACGGUACGCCGGAGUCUAUCAUCACAGAUAACGGCACGCAGUUCAACAACGAGUACCUCAUCACCUGGUGCAAGGCAAGAGGAACUAAGCUCAAAUUCGCAUCCGUAGCACAUCCAAAAACCAAUGGGCAAGUAGAAGCCGCCAACAAAUUGAUUAAAAGCCUUCUUCGGAAAAAGCUGGGUGAAGCUAAAGGACUUUGGCCAGAAAAACUUGACGAGGUAGUAUGGGCAAUCCGUACCACACCAACAGAAGCCACAGGCGAAACUCCUUUUUGCUUAAUGUAUGGCACGGAAGCAGUUCUACCCAUCGAAGUAAUUCAGCCAACACAACGGGUUUCACUAUUUGACCCCGAAACCAAUUCGGACAGUAUACACCUUGAUAAAGAUCUCUUGGAAGAGAAACGCAUCACAGCGCAUCGCCAUAACAUCCAGAACAAACAGCGCGUGGCACGCUUCUAUAACUCGAGGGUCAAAAGCAGGACACUACAAGUAGGUGACUGGGUUCUAAAGAGGAUCCAAACAAAGGUCACUGGACUACGCCCGAAAUGGGAUGGACCAUAUAAAGUCGUCCAAAUCAUAGCCCCAAACACGUACUGCCUAGAAGACAAGUACGGAGAAAAAUUAGCCCAUCCUUGGAACAUGGAACAACUCAAGUACUAUUACAAGUAA